GCUUCUCCAGGACUCGAAUCCUGACAUCGUCCUGCCAAAUCAACAACCGCUUCUUCUCCAGGUCGACCGGUCUCUACCAAUCCUUCAAGAUGUCCGAAAUUGCUCACCCCACGAUCCAGGAUGGCUGGUUCCGCGAGAUCUCCAACAUGUGGCCUGGCCAGGCCAUGACCCUCAAGGUCGAGAAGGUCCUUCACCACGAGAAGAGCUUGUAUCAGGAUGUCCUGAUCUUCAAGUCCACUGACCAUGGCAACGUCCUCGUCCUCGACAACGUCAUCCAGUGCACCGAGCGCGAUGAAUUCUCCUACCAGGAGAUGAUCACCCAUCUCGCCAUGAACUCCCACCCCAACCCCAAGAAGGUCCUCGUUAUCGGCGGUGGUGAUGGCGGUGUCCUCCGUGAGGUCGUCAAGCACGACUGCGUUGAGGAGGCCAUCCUCUGCGACAUCGAUGAGGCUGUCAUCCGUCUCUCCAAGCAGUUCCUCCCCCACAUGUCUGCUGGCUUCGAGCACCCCAAGGUCAAGGUCCACGUUGGCGAUGGCUUCAAGUUCCUCGAGGACUUCAAGAACACCUUUGAUGUCAUCAUCACCGACUCCUCCGACCCCGAGGGUCCCGCCGAGUCUCUCUUCCAGAAGCCCUACUUCCAGCUUCUCCACGACGCCCUCCGCGAGGGUGGUGUUAUUACCACACAAGCUGAGAACCAGUGGCUCCACCUUCCUCUCAUCACCAAGCUCAAGAAGGACUGCAAGGAGGUCUUCCCUGUCGCCGAGUACGCAUACACCACCAUCCCCACCUACCCGUCCGGCCAGAUUGGCUUCAUGGUCUGCUCCAAGGACCCCAACGCCAAUGUUAAGGUUCCUCUUCGUUCCUGGUCCCAGGAGGAGGAGGAGAAGCUCUGCCGCUACUACAACUCCGAGAUUCACAAGGCCAGCUUCAUUCUCCCCACCUUCGCCAAGAAGGCCCUCGAGUAAAAAGCCUGCUUUGACGAAAAAUAAACGAAAGACUGGUGAUGACUAUAUAACGCCGUCAUGGCACCGAAUCUUCAUGGCUAGGGCCGCAUAGCACAGUUUCCGGGAAUGGGAAAGGGGGACAGUCGAGAUAUGUUGGCGGAUCUCCAACGUGCUUCUACCAAAGAUACCAAAGAUAGCGGCGUCAGCGCAGGGAAAAGGGUGCUCUGGAAACAUCGCGCCUUUAAACAACCCUGCGCGCGAGGCUCUUGAAACGAAAUAUAUCGGAUUCGCCUCGCAAUGUUACGUACAAAUCAGAAAAAUUGAUAACGUGAUGGUUACACAACUGAUCAAACGUUCAGAAUGUAACACACAAAUCAAUAUAUUACGAUGAAGCCCGGCGAGUUAGGAACUCACCUUCGCCUGGCUUACGUCAGGAUAGAUAUCAAACCUCCGCUGAUCCCUUAGAGGAAUGCCCGACCUCGCCUCCUCGAUCUUUGUCCCGUCAAGCUCGGCACUCACAAUUGUCUCGCUCUCCUCCGCCUCUACUAAUACUCGGGCCAUGGGGUCGACGAUCAGGCUGUGACCAUACGCAUGGUAACUCGCGCUCGUAUCCCUCGCCGGACUGCAGAGGGCCACGUAAAUUUGGUUGUCCAUGGCCCUCGCCUGUCCCUGCAGCCGCCAAUGCAGCGGACCGGUUGUGGUAUUGAACGCGCCCGGAUAAACGAGAGCAAAGCAACCCUUCCGGGCUGCAAUCAUGGCCAGCUCCGGGAACCGAAUAUCAUAGCAGAUGGCCACGGCGAUGCGGCCGUAGUCGGGCAAAUCCACCAGCGUCACGCUGUUACCGGGCGACAACACAUCGCUCUCCUUAAACUUGAUCUUGCCCGGAAUAUCGAUAUCGAACAGAUGCACUUUACGAUGCGAUGCAAGCAGUUUGCCGUCGGGGCCGAAAACCAAGCUCGUGUUGUAGUAUGUCUUUUUGUCCUCCGUGCCCUCCUCGAUGGCGAGCUCGGGAAUCGACCCCCCCACCAGGUAGAUGCCGUUGUCACGAGCCAUCGCGGAGAGCGCGUGGAAGGACGGGCUCUGCUCGGCAGUCGGAGGUGAAGGGAGGAGCUGCUCGGCGUACGAGGGGAAGAAGUCGCAGCCGUAGGGGGAGUUGAAGCAUUCGGGAAGAACGACAAUGUUGGCGCCGCCUGAAGCGGCCUCGCGCACCUUGUCGGCGGCAUGCAAGAGGUUGGCGGACUUGUCGGCGCCGCUGGCAAGUUGGAUACAAGCUAGCUUGACUGGCUUCUUGAGGAGGAUCGGGUGCUUGGUCGAGGAAGCCAUCUUGCGGAUUUGAGAAUGAAGGAGUAGACGGAUGGUGGU